ACUUUUUAUUUUUUUUUCCAUAUAAAUAUAUUUAAAAAAAAAAUAUGAUCAAAAAAAUAAAUAAAUAGAAUGAAGUGGCAAACUAACAUUUUUUUUAUAUUUUUUUAUAUUUUUAUUGUAUUGGCUUCUGCAAAAAAACCUUCCAAAGUUCCAAUAAAUGAAUUAUAUUUAAUUGAUAAAGUAGAUAGAUUAGUAUUACCAGGUAAUGUUGUCCCAAGGGUAUAUAAUGUCCAUUUAAAUACAAAGAAUAUCAAAAGUUUCAAAUAUAAAGGUGAAGAAGAUAUCUUAUUAGAUAUUGUAAAGAAGACAGAUACCAUUGUGAUCCAUAGUAGUGAAAUCGAAAUCGAAUCGGCUGAAAUAUUAAAUAAUAAAGCAAAGGAAAUUAAAUAUAGUGUGGAUGAAGAGGUUGCAGUUUUCAAAUUUAAGAAAGAGUUGCCAGUGUCUAGAAAUGCAACAUUAAAAAUUAGGUUCAGAGGUAAGAUAAAUGACAAAGGUAGAGGUUUCUAUAGAUCCAAGUAUUUAGUUGAUGGCAUUGAGCAUUUAAUUUACUCUACCCAAAUGGAGGCUUCUGAUGUAAGACGAGUUUUCCCAUCUUUUGACGAGCCUUCUUAUAAAGCUAUAUUCAAUUUAAAGUUGACCAUAGAUAAAGAUUUACAAGCAAUUUCAAAUACUGCAGAAAAAAAAGUUACAGAAAAUAAAAGGGAUAAAUCUAGAGCAAUAGAAUUUAAACCAACACCAAAAAUGAGUACUUAUUUAGUGGCGUUUGUAAUAGGCGAUAUUGAAUAUAACGAAGGCUACAGCAGUAUAGACAAGACAAGGGUACGUGUUUACAAGGGUAAAGGUGUCAAGGAAAGCAGCGAAUUGGCAUUACAAAUCGCAAUUAAAACCUUGGACUUUUUUGUAGAUUACUUUAAUAUUUCCUACCCAUUAAAAGAUCUAAAGUUGGUUGCCAUUCCAGAUUUCACAUUCUAUGCCAUGGAAAAUAUGGGGUUGUUGACUUUUGAAGAUAUUUACUUAUUGACAUCAGACAAAGCAACCUUGGUAAACAACAAAGAGCUUGUAGAUAUGAUUGCUCACGAGAUUUCGCACCAAUGGUUUGGUAAUUUGGUAACAAUGGAGUGGUGGUCAAUGAUCUGGUUGAACGAAGGUUUUGCAGAAUUCUUUGGUUACUUUGCUAGUGCUUCCUUGUAUCCUGAAUGGAAUGUAUGGUUAGAGUUUUCACAAAAUAUUUAUAAUAAGGCUUUGUAUCUAGACUCUUUGUCGAGUACCCAUCCAGUACAAUUAACAGUUCGUACAACUUCACAAAUCGCAGAGAUAUUUGAUGAUAUUAGUUAUGAUAAAGGUGCUAGUAUUGUAAAAAUGAUUCAAAAUCUUUUGGGUCCAGAUAACUUUAGAAAUGCAUUACGUUACUAUUUAAAGAAAUACUCUUAUCAAAACACUGUAACUCAAAAUCUAUGGCAUUCAUUCUCGUUGUUUUCAAAUGGUUUAAAUGUAAGUGAAUUUGUAAAUAAUUAUAUUGUCUAUCCAGGUUAUCCAAUUAUUUCAAUUGUCCCAAAUGGAAAUACAAAUACAUUCCAAAUCAGUCAAAAAAGAUUUACUUUUGAUAGUGCAACCUCUACCAACAAAUCAAGUGUAAUCUGGAAUUGCUUCAUUAAAUUCCAAACAGAGUAUGGGGAGUUUGAUUUUCUUUUAAACAAAGAGUCUGAUGUGAUUACAGUUCCACACCCAUUCAAUUUUAGUGCAGGCGAUUGGAUAAAACCAAACUAUGGCCAAUCCCAAUUUUAUCGUAUAGAGUACAGCGAACAUUUGUUACUACCAUUGGUACCAAAGAUUAAAUCACUAGAAUUACCUGCCGUGGAUAGACUAGGUGUACUAUCAGAUGUGUUCAAUUCAGCCAAAGCCUUAUCGACACAAACUUCACUCUUUAUGGAUUUGGUAUUUGGUGCAUACAAAUCAAAUGAAAGCAACGGUGAUGUAUGGACCUACCUUAUCAGAUCAGUAGAGGAGAUUCAAAAUAUUAUCUUUAAUCAAGAUUAUAAACAAAGAUUUAACAAUGCAUUCACAGAUCUUUUAGCUGGUUUAUCAGAUUCAUUGGGAUUUGAUCCAAAAGAAAACGAAGAUGCAGCAAUUACCAUUUUGCGUACUACAGUAAAUACCAAAUUAGUUUUAUUGGGUUAUGAACCAAUUAUCAAUGAAGCAAAACAAAGAUAUGAACACUUCAAACAAGAUCACAAAACAUUAAAUCCUGAUAUUUCCAAAGUAGUGUUUACAAGUAUCUUAAAUACUGGUAACAAAACUCAGCAAGAUGAAAUCAUUGCCCUAUAUUUAUCAACUACAGACAUUGCGGAAAAGAAAAUAUAUCUCGAAAUAUUAUCAUACAGCGCACCAACUUUGGAAUUGUUUAAUAAUAUGCUAUUGUUUUCAUUAAAUUCUUCAGCGGUGGAAACCAACAAUAUUUAUUUUCUUUGGAACACUUACAAACCAGAAUUCAAGAUACACACAUUCAAUUUCUUUGUUGAAAAUUUCUCUCAUAUAGACUCACUCUUUAAAGAUAAUAUGAUGUACCCAAAAUUGACCACCACUUUAUUCUGUAAUAAAAUAAAUGAAACCCAAUUAAAUCAAAUCAAAUCUUUCUUUAAUGAUAACCCUGUACCCAUGGCAGAAAGUUCAAUUCAAUCAGAUUCAGAAAAUAUCAAAUAUAAUACUAAUUGGUUUAAUUCAUAUAGUUUUGAUUUAUUAGAUUGGUUAAAUAAUAACUAUAAACUUUAAAAUUAGUAGUUAAUUAAUUUGUUUUUAAAGUAGUAUUAAUUAAUUAAUAUGUAAAAUAAACUCUUUUUUAUUU